CCCGCGGUCUCGCCACCUCUCUGUAUUUUUUCCCCGUCUCGUGUUAAGAGCGCAAGACACAUAGCAGUCAGUCACAAUGGCAGGCGGCGUCAAGAAGCCCGUCAACAUCUUCCGCCUGAAGGACCUGGGCGAGCCAAAGGGCGUCUUCAACUGGCGACUGUGGUUCGCCGUCGUCUCCUUCGGCCUGCUCGGCGCGGCGCGCGGCAUCGACGAGGGCCUCAUCUCCGGCGCCUUCAACUCGCCUGACUUCAAGGAUACGAUUAACUACUCCAGCUACUCCAAGAUCGAGCAGGCCAACAUCAAGGCCAAUGUCUCGGCCAUGGUCCAGAUUGGCUCCGUCGCCGGUGCGCUCAUCGCUUUCUUGAUUUGCGAUCGUAUCGGCCGUAUCCAAGCUACUCGUGUCCUUUGCGCGCUGUGGGUCGUCGGCAUCGUCAUCUUCAUGAUCGGAGGUGUCAACGGAAAUUUGGGAGCCAUUUACGCGGGCCGCUUCGUCGCCGGCCUCGGUGUCGGCCAAACGCCCGUCGUCGGGCCCGUCUACAUCGCCGAAGUCGCCCCAGCAUCGGUUCGAGGCCUGUGCACCUGCUUCUUCACCGGUGCCGUCUACAUCGGCAUCGUCCUCGCCUACUUCACCAACUACGGCGCCGCACUGCAUAUGGACCCCCACAGCCACAACCGCUGGCUCGUGCCCAGCAGUCUCCACGUCAUGAUGGCCGGCAUCAUCUUUAUCCUCACCUUUUUCCAGUAUGAGUCGCCACGGUUCCUCGUCAAGCAGGGCAAGCCCGAUCGUGCUGCCCAGGUCAUGAGCAAGCUUCGCCACCUCCCUGUCGACGGCGAAUACGUCGUUGGCGAAAUCACUGCCAUUCAGGCCGCUCUAGACCACGAGCUUGAAGCCACCAAGGGUGUCGGCUGGCUCGGCAAGAUCAAGGAGAUGUUUCUCGACAGGAGCAAUCUCUACCGCGUGUACCUCGCCACCAUGGUCCAGCUUCUCUCCCAGUGGUCCGGCGCCGGCUCCAUCACUCUGUACGCGCCAGACCUGUUUGCCCUUCUGGGUAUCACCGGAAGCGAGGAAGGCCUGCUCGUUACCGCAGUCUUUGGCAUUAUCAAGCUGAUCGCGGCGCUCAUGUGCGCCCUGUUCCUGGUCGACGUUAUUGGGCGAAAGCGCGCUCUUCUCACAGGCAUUACGCUCCAAGCUAUUGCCAUGAUAUACGUGGCAGGUUUCUUGACGGCCGUUCCGGAGAUGGGCGUCGUUAAGAAUUUCGUGCUGCCUGCCGACAAGAAGGGCGCAAGCCGUGGCGCCAUCGCCAUGAUUUACAUCUCUGGCUUUGGCUGGGCGCUUGGCUGGAACUCCAUGCAGUAUCUCCUCACAGCCGAGCUGUUCCCUCUCAGAAUCCGUGCCCUGGCUACGUCCUGGGCCAUGACGCUGCACUUCGCCAAUCAGUACGGCAACUCGCGUGCCGUUCCCAACAUGCUGCUCCCCGUGUCUGACGGCGGAAUUUCCCCCAAGGGCACUUUUUGGUGCUUUGCGGCCGUCACCAUUAUCGGCGGCAUCUGGGUCUGGCUGUCCGUGCCCGAGACGAGUGGGCGCAGCCUGGAGAGCAUGGACCGCCUCUUCGACCUCCCAUGGUACAAGAUCGGUCUGUACGGCAACAGGGACGCCGAGCAGAAGGACAUGGCCUACAACGAGAAGCAGCGCAUUGCCGAGGAGGAGCGCGGCACGCAGCAGCAUGUGGAGAAGACGAUUAACGUGUAAAAUGACCUAGUCGCGAGCGACCUGUAACGAAUUGACAUAAGAACCAUACUUCAGGAUAUAUGACCC